CGUCUGAAAUCCAUGAAAAAGAAAGAAAGAAAGAAAAAAACUCCCAAAUCACUCUUUCCAACCUCCUCCAAAACUAUGCCAGCUUCGAAAAGUGGUAGCUACAGAGGACAGGAGGAGUUCACCACUUUUCUUUUUCACCGUCGACAAUCUGUCGAGAGGAGUCAGGAGGGGCGAGUCAAGAUAAUUGGUUCCUUCAGGCGCUGUUCUUCUUCUUUUUAAAUUCAGCCUUUCGUGCCGUCUGCUACACCUGCCUGCCAAGCUACAGCGCUGAUGGGCGCGGCUGGGACUGAUGCCCAAAUCUCUGUUUUAACUUGUCUGGGAAAGUUGAGCGAAAAGGCACAAAAGGACUAAGGAUUUUAAGGACAUCCCACCACGGCGCGUCAACUUCAUAUAAACACAUUACCUCUCCAGUGGACGCGAUCAGUCGGUCCAUCUUGAGAGGAGUCGGGAUUUGAUUGUUUGUUGUUCGAGCUGGCUGAAGAUAAAAUGGGAUGGACGAGUUAACAAGACAGAUGGACUUCUCAGGAGGCUUGUCAGGAGAAAGGGUUGUGACAGAAACUGUAACCUCCACAACCAGACUGGCAACUCUACCACCAAAGGGAACCAGCGGCUCAAAUCACAGGAAUAUGUCCAGCAGUGCUGGUGGGCUGGGCUUGGAGAAGAAUGUCUUAACCCAGAACAGCAGUGGAACUUAUUUCUCCUCAUCAUCUGUAGGAGUGAACACCAGCAGCUUCAGCUCCUCCUCAGGAGUUUACCUAGGAGGAGACUCCUCAGGAGGUGAUGGAGGAGGUAUGUUCAUGGAUGUAGAGGGCUACGGAAGAGGAGGAGGAGGGGGAGUAAGCGGAGGAGGAGGUGGAGGAGGCGGAGGCGGUGGCAGUUAUCUUGUGAGCUCGGUGUCAAAGGUCAGGUCCAGCUCGUCGGGCGGUGCCAGGAGAACGCAGACUGCUGGCUCAUCAGGAGGCCUGUCGCCAGUUUCCCGGGAGAGGAAGAUCAUAUCCAGCCGCUCAGGAGGUUAUGACGGAAGUUCCAGUGGUAAUUCCUCUCCAGAGUUUUCACGCAAAGAUUAUGGAAUCUAUUGCUCCAGAGGGAGGAGCGAAAGCAGAGAGAGCGAGAUCAGAGCCAGAUUACAAAGUGCCUCUCCCUCCGCCAGCAGAUGGACGGAGCUGGACGACGUGAAGAAGCUUCUGAAGGGACGCUCCUGCAGCGUCAGCCCCACUCGCUCCUCCAGUGCCUCCGUCACCCUGCCUGUCCCUAAAAAGGCCAGCGUGGAAACCAAGACCAUCUCUGUGGCCUCUCAGUCGGGUUCAACUUCAUUUGGCUCUGGUGUUAGAUCAGGCGGGUUCCACACCAUUGACACAUCAGGCUUUUAUGAUACUGGUCUGACAUCUGGGCAGUUUGAUACUGGUGUCAAAUCCGGCCAGUAUGAUGUCACUCUGAAAUCAGGCCAAUAUGAUACUGGUGUCAAAUCAGGCCAGUAUGAUGUUGGUUUAAAAUCAGGACAGUUUGAUACGGGUGUAAGAUCGGGCCAGUAUGAUACUAGUCUGAAGUCAGGACAGUACGACACGAGUUUGAAAUCAGGGCAGUAUGAUACCAGCGUGAGAUCAGCUCAGUAUGAUACCGGUGUGAGAUCAGCUCAGUAUGAUACCGGUGUGAGAUCAGCUCAGUAUGAUAUCGGUGUGAGAUCAGCUCAGUAUGAUACCGGUGUGAGAUCAGCUCAGUAUGAUACCGGUGUGAGAUCAGAUCUGUAUGACACCGGUGUGAGAUCAGCUCAGUAUGAUACCGGUGUGAGAUCAGGUCAGUACGACACGUUGGACGCUACACUUCCUACUUUCUCUUGGUCAACCUCCACGCUGCCCUCCGCCUCCACCACGGUGAUCGCUGGCAACACCAGCAGCUACGCGUACCAGGCCGGCAACAACAACAUGUCGGGAGGACCGUCGCCGCUCGGCGUCACGUCACCCUCGUCCCUGUCAGUUUACGGCUUUCAGAAUAAUCUGGCUCCCACCUCUCCCACUGUGCUCACCACCAGUGGAGGCAACGUAAAUGCUAACGUUGGAGGUUAUGGCGUUCAGAAGAAGAAUUUGAUAAAUGUUGGGGGUGUCGUCAGCUCUGGAGUCUCUGCAACCACUAGAUCCCAAGUUGAUGAUUCAUUUAAGAAAGACUAUAAGUUCCUGAUCUCUGACAAGGAGAACGUUUCAGCUAAGAGGGACACAGAAAUGCUCAUUAUGGCCAAAGACAGCGGGAAGCAGUUCACCAGCAGCAGUGUUCAGAUGGGCGGAGGGUCGCUAUCAGGAGACUCAAUGAAGAAAGAAAAGCUUAUUUCAAGCUACAGUGAGUCGGCGCCACUGAAGUCAGAGACCGGCAACUCCUACUAUGGAUCACCUGGAGUUGUAAUGAAAGACAAAUCCACAUAUGCAGAGAUUCACAGGGACAGCGGCAUCUUCGGAGGAGGUGGAGGAUUUUGCUGCUGCUCCGACUCUUGUUGCUCCUGGUGGAAAUGGCUGCUGGGUCUUCUCCUCCUCUCCCUGCUCCUACUGGGACUCCUAUUUGGGCUCAUUGCACUGGCUCAGACUGUGAGGAAGCUGAAGAAUCGAGUGUCUACGCUGGAGGCCGAGUCCUCGGUGAACGCUGCUCGUACCAGCCGGCUGUCUUCUAAUGACAUCAACAUCUAUGGGGCCGGUGCAGCUGGAGCUGCAGCUGGAGGUGCAGCUGGAGCUGUAGCUGGAGCUGGUGCUGGAGGUGCAGCUGGAGGUGCAGCUGGAGCUGGAGGUGGAGGUGGAGGUGGAGGUGCAGCUGGAGCUGGAGGUGCAGCUGGAGCUGGAGGUACCUCCCACACUAGCAACACGUUAAUACUCGGCGCUGGAGGUGGAGCUGGAGGUGGAGCUGGAGGUGGAGCUGGAGGUGGAGCUGGAGGUGGAGGUUCUGGCUCCAAAACACGAAUCGGGAUUGCAGGUGUUGGUGGCGGCUCCACUGGUGGUGGAAAUGGCAUUGACAUAAGCAGUUCUGCUGGCUCCAGUGUGGCCAGUGCUGGCGGUGCUGGAGGUGCCAGUGGCGGUGCCAGUGGCGGUGCUGGAGGUGCCAGUGGCGGUGCCAGUGGCGGUGCUGGAGGUGCCAGUGGCGGUGCCAGUGGCGGUGCUGGAGGUGCCAGUACCCGUUUCAGUGGCAGCGCUGGCAGCGCUGGUGGUACCAGUUUCAGUGGCAGUGCCGGUGGAGGCGGCAGUUCUGGUACCAGCUUCAGUAGUGGUACUGGAUUCGGGACCGGAGUGAGUGGAGGACACAUGGACGCUGCUGCUGUUCAGAUGGUGAUCCAGCAGAUGUUAAGAACUGAAAUGCAUUCAGAGUCAUACAGAGCUUACCUAUCAUCGUCGGUGCAGGGACGGAGAGGGCUGCCUGGACCUAAAGGGGACUCUGGAUAUAAAGGAGAUUCUGGUUUCCCUGGAAUUCCAGGUGUUCCCGGUAAGAUGGGUCAUGCAGGCCCUGAGGGUCCAAAGGGACAGAAAGGAAUCCAAGGUGAUCACGGACUGGAUGGGGCACCAGGCAUCAGGGGUCGCGAGGGCCCGUCUGGCCCCAGAGGUGAAGCAGGACAUCAAGGUCUUGGACCGAAAGGUGACAAAGGUUCUCCUGGGGAUCUUGGGUCUGCCGGCCCGACUGGACCAAAAGGCCCAUCUGGACUUUCUGGAGCGUCAGGUCAACCAGGUGCUCAGGGUUUCCGUGGCGAGGCAGGGCUACCUGGGCCUAAAGGUGACCGAGGGUUUGCUGGAUUACAGGGAAUUAAAGGUGACACUGGGGACACAGGUGUCAGAGGUGUGAAAGGUGAUGUUGGAUUACAUGGUCUGCAAGGGCCAGUUGGAGAGAGAGGAAUCAAGGGGUCAACGGGCUUGUCUGGAAUCGAUGGAUUGAAAGGAUCAAGAGGUGACCAGGGUAUCUCAGGACUCAGAGGUCCCGCUGGGCCUUCUGGAGAUGCUUCACAUACAGGAACAUAUGGGCUUCAAGGACCACCAGGGAUACCAGGGAAUCCAGGACGACCUGGUGCUAAAGGUGAAACAGGUGAACCAGGAAGAAUCAUCAAUGCAGCGGGCUCCACUUCUAUCGGCAUCCCAGGACCCCCUGGUUCUUCUGGUCCUCCCGGCCCUGCAGGAUCUCCAGGAUUAUCAGGUCCCAUUGGCCCUGCUGGUCAAACUGGUCAAACUGGUGCUAAAGGUGACAGGGGAUAUAGGGGAGAGCAGGGAGAACAAGGAAUAACAGCGAGAACGACUGAAACCUUAAGCUCGAGGCAGUUUAGCACCGGUGGAGGUUCCGGACAAACCGGCCCACCCGGCCCACCGGGUCAACCUGGACGUCCAGGAGAUUCAAGACAAGGACCGCCCGGGCCUCCAGGUCCACCAGGUUAUGGAAGACCAGGACCUAAAGGAGACAGAGGAGAGUCAGGCUUUGCAUCCAGCUCUGGAACGUUUCAUACUGGACCACCAGGACCAGCUGGGCCUUCUGGGGCUAAAGGAUCGUCAGGUUCUCCUGGACAAAGAGGAUACCAAGGUGAAACAGGCCAGCCAGGUGUGCCGGGCUCUCCAGGAAGACCAGGAAGCUCUGAGAGAGUGUCCACUUAUGGUGGAGAACUCGGGAUCCCUGGACCACCAGGUCCACCAGGACACCCUGGAGCACAGGGAAUUAAAGGGGACACUGGAGCUCCUGGUAUUGCUGGCUCUUCCAGAGGCUCCAUCUCAGUCACCUCGGGCCCUCCUGGCCCCGCAGGUCCUCCUGGACCUCCAGGGCAUACGGGCUCUUUCUCUUCUUCCAUUGAGAUGCGGCAGUACAUCACUGAUUAUCUGAGUAGAAGCAGACAGUCCAGUGUCUCCGGACCUCCAGGUCCACCUGGGCCUCCGGGAAUCCCUGGAACCUUCUCAGGCUCUAUGGAGGACCUCUCCACUCGUAUCAUCGCAUACCUGCAACGUUCGGGCUCAGGCCUCAGCAUCGGUGUUCAGGGUCCACCGGGACCACCUGGUCCAUCUGGACCCGGCUCCGGUGCCAUGACGGUCAGCGGUCUCAUUGUCAUGCUUCAGAGAGACGAUGUGAGGAGAUACUUGACCGGACCAACAGGCCCACAAGGACCACCGGGACAACCAGGGUCAUCAGGAGGACUUUCAAGCAGUUUCAGUGUAGAGGAGAUAUCCACAUACGUCUUCAAAAUAAUGACGGACAGAGGGAUUGCUAGAGGUCCACCCGGGCCGCCCGGUCCUGCUGGGCCUUCUGUUGCAGUGGGCUCUGGCUUCACUACUGCUACCAUUGACUAUUCUGCUCUAAUGAGAAAUUCAGACUUCCGCACUUGGAUUAACUCUGCCGUACAACACGGUCAGCCUGGUUCUCCGGGUGUCCCAGGUCUGCCUGGUCCUCCUGGCCCUCAGGGGCCGUCAGGAGUCUCCACUACCACAGUGCAUGGGGGGGGAGGUCGUGGCUACAGCAUGGAGGAGAUUCAGCGUUACCUGCAGGGUUCUGGUUUCAGAGGUCUUCCCGGGCCUCCUGGUCCUCAUGGUCCACAGGGGCCCCAGGGUCCAGCAGGCAGUUCCACUGGAUCAGUUUCCUACAGUGGAAACUUCCCUCGGGAGAACAUGCACGCUGAAAUUCAGGCGUAUCUCACCAGUGACAAUGUUCGACGUGCCAUUAUUGGACCUCCGGGGCCUCCGGGGCCGAGGGGUCAGAAGGGAGAUCGUGGAGAUCAGGGUCUGAGCCAGAGCUACACGCAGAGCCAGAGCUACGCUCAGGGAGACUCUCGAUUCGGCUCUCAGCUCAGAGAUGUCGAUGUCAGCAGGCUCGCUGACACACUGGACUACUCUAGCGUCGCCAUAAAAGUUACAGACUACAUCAAGAAUCAAGGCCUGCUGCAGGAGUAUCUGGUUGAGGGUCCUUGGAGAGCAAAUGUAAGAGCGAUUCAAGGCCCCCCUGGUCCACCUGGCCCGGUCGGACAAGCUGGUCAGAGCCGCGUCAUCGGGGCCUACGGCAACGUCACAGCUGACCUCAUGGAGUUCUUCAGAACCUACGGCACCAUCGCCGGCCCUCCAGGAGGCCCUGGACCAAGGGGUGACAGAGGGUACCCAGGACCCAGAGGAGAGAAGGGCGAUCCCGGGCGCCCAGGUUUACCAGGACUACCAGGGUCAUACUCUGUCCAAAUUCCACACAACGUGCAGAAGAGGGAUGCAGGCAAUAAAGUGGUUGGUCGUCAUCGUCAGCCGCAUCGCCGUCACGCCAGCAGUGGUUGAACACACUACUGGAUCAUGUCACAUUUCAUUUUUACACAUCUUUUUUUUUUAGGUGUUCAACUGUAUCAAUGCAAGUAGUCGAAAUGCUUCUUAUUGUUGCCAUUUGUAGAAGAGUCACAGGACAAUUUGAGAAAAUAUCAUAAUGCAAUAAGUCUCUUUAAAACGGCUUCCGUAGAGGUUUGGAUUUUAGCUGCUGGUCAGUGUCUUUGUCACACAGGCUUACUUAUUUUUUACAUCUGGGUGUAUAAUGUUUACUUUGCUUAGCUUGCAAACCGUUUUUUCCAGGGGCAGCUUUGUUUAGGAGAAUAUGUAUUUUAAAGCAAUAAGUAGCUGAUAAUUUAGUUGCACUUUGCGUCUUUUCACUGCUCGUGUAACUUGUGUGUGUCUGGUGUACUUAUUUUUGUAUUCAAUGUCUUUUGAGGAUUAUAUUGUAUUGAGGAUUAUAUAAGUGUUAAAUGUUGUGUCAUGGUCACCCUAAUUCAUAAUGAUUCAAUACUACAAUAUUGUCAGAUUGUCCACAUAAAUCAAAGCCAACCUCUAGCCUGUAAGACCCCUGGAAGUUAUCCAUUUAUCCCAUACAAAUUACAAUUGACUUUCUUUUUUUUCUUAAUAUAUAAAGAAUGCAGCAUUACAAGUCAGAGUGAGGGUCUUUUGUGCAGCAAGGAGGGGACUUUGGUCACAGUAAGUUUUUUCUGUGCGGUUAGGACCGAUGAUUUACUUGAAAGGUUUGGUAAAAAAAGAAUAAAUGACGUUGUUCGCAUGGUUGAAAGACAGAUAAUCACUAAGAAAUGACUGAUUGGAUUGUAUAUUGUUGUAUUAGAGAGCACUGAAAUUGAUAUAUUUUCUUUAUACCAUUAAGUGUUUGCAUAAACAGAUUAUGUUUUACAUUAUUGAAGUUAUUGACAUUUGAUCAAUAUAUUUGAAAGACACACAAAUAAAUCUAUUUUUGGACUCGUGAGUCUUGAUAUUUGUAUGACUAAAUUCAAAACAAUUUAACUUGAGGUGUUUUUUUCCAGUUGUGUGUCAAAUAAACAGUCAAUAUUUUACUUUCAA